AUGGUCCAUGCCCUCGGAAAGGAGCAAUCUCAGGCGGUCCGUGCCCUCAUCGGACGACCCUGUAAAGAGGAGAAGGACGAUGCCGACUACAUAUCGGACAACUCGAGAACUGCGGACCUGCGGUUCGAGCCGCCGCUCAAGGUAGUGCAGUACCCAGACCCCGUCCUGCGCGCACGCAACAAGCGCAUCAACACCUUCGACGACAACCUUCGCUCCCUCGCGGACGAGAUGUUCGAUGUCAUGUACAAGACUGAUGGCAUUGGUCUCUCGGCACCACAAGUUGGAGUGAACGUGCAGCUCAUGGUAUUCAACCCAGCUGGAGUGAAAGGGGAAGGAGAGGAAAUUGUCCUUGUCAACCCAGUAGUUUACAAGUUCUCGAAGCGCUUGUCAGUCUAUGAAGAAGGGUGCUUGUCGUUCCCUGGAAUAUAUGCCAAUGUGCUGAGACCAGACACUGUUAAAAUUGAUGCUCAAGAUGCUAGUGGAGCAAAGAUCAAAGUUAAAUUAUCAGAACUAUCUGCAAGAGUUUUCCAGCAUGAGUUUGAUCAUUUACAGGGAAUCCUUUUCUUUGACAGAAUGACUAUGGAUGUUGUUGAGAGCAUACAUGAGCAGCUGAAGGUUCUGCAAACUUUCCAAGUGCAUCAUCAAGCUGAGCUACAAAUUCAAGUGUUUGUGGAACUGUUUGUUGGUGCAUACACUGCUGUCAUUCUAGUUUUGGCAGUUUUGCUAUGUCUAGUUAUGUACAACAUUAAUCAAAUUGUACACAGAAAUUUCACUAUUUAUGAAUGA